UUGAAGACACGGUCCCACCGUGAUCGGACGCGCGCGUUCAUAUUUUAUCAUUCAAUUUAAAACUCAAUUAUGAGUGAGAUAAAGAAUACACUAUUUCUUUUCAUUCUUUGUAAUGGUUUGACACUUUUAUAUAGUAUUUUAGCGUUAUGGGGACUUGCCUUCGAUUAUUUAAAGAGUUUUUUUAGAAGUUCAACUUCACAAAAAAAGAAGCUGGAACCACCUUCUUGUCUAUUUGAUGCCAAAUAUGGAUUGCAUAAAUAUUUAAAAGUAAACAACGUAAAGUUACAUUAUGUUGAAAGUGGAGACACAUCGAAACCUCUCAUGCUAUUUCUGCACGGCUUUCCUGAAUUCUGGUAUUCAUGGAGGCACCAGAUUGUUGAAUUCCAGAAAGAUUAUUGGUGCGUUGCCUUUGAUAUGCGAGGCUAUGGAGACUCCGAAAGACCCGAGAACGUUUCUGAUUACGAAUUAGAUAUACUCGUAGAAGAUGUACGAGACCUUGUUCGUCAAUUGGGUCGUGAAAAAUGCAUCCUCGUGUCUCACGAUUGGGGUGGUAUAAUAGCCUGUCAAUUUCGUGAUAUAUAUCCAGAAGUUUUAGACGCCGUCGUUUUAUUGGGUAGUAUAUCACGCGAAUCUUGGUUGAAAUGUGUGUUCAGUGACUACAAACAAAUGAUGAAAUCAUGGUAUGUAUUCUUCUUCCGUAUGCCGUAUAUACCUGAGCAAGUGAUGCAAAGUAAUAAUCUGCAAGUAUUUGACAAAGCGAUGCUGGUUCCAGGAAAAGAUACUAUCACCAGUAAAGAUAUAGAAUGCUAUAAAUACUGGUUUGCAAAAGAUUUUGCCUUCACGUAUCCCAUUAAUUACUACCGAGCGAACUUCUCAUGCAGCCUUCCAGACAAGCAUUUAAAAGAUAAUGUUCCUAUGCUAUUAGUACAAGCCCAAAACGAUUUGUAUAUAGGACACAGCGUGUUGGACCUAAUGAAGAAGCAGUAUGAACACAUUGAAAUUACAAUGCUCGAGAACUGUCGUCAUUUUCUGCAACAAGAAGAGCCAGAAAAAGUGAACAAGCUUAUUAGGGAAUUUCUUACAAAAAAUAAACUGUAAUAUUAAUCUAAGAACCUAUGUAAUGUAACGGUAAAUGUGUAGGAUUUAUAGGUACUGCAUAAAUUAGUAAUAAACUGGAAUUGAUUUACAAAUGGUUGAAAGAUUUAACCCCCAGAUAGAUAGAUCUGACUGGAUUCGAACCCGUAUCUCACAGCGGGAAGAGUGCGGUGUUAUUUACUCGUAUAUGGUACACCUAAACCGUGAAAGAUUACUAAUAAUAGUAAAAUAUAUAUAGUAUAAAAUAGAGGAAUUACCUACUACUUUCAAUAGGUUAUAUAUUAUUUUUUUAAAUUUAAUUAAUUUUCAUUAAACUUAUUACGCUAUUUUUACGACCUACUCUCGACUAGUGCUUCUAAUACCAAUAAAUAUCUACACAAUUUUCCUGACGGAUUGGUUGUCGGAGUGUCACGUUUUACCGUUAUAUAAACUAAUACAAGGCUCAUGAUAAUAGGAUGCGUAAUGUGCAGGGUUAUCCACGUAUUUUACAAAU